CGGCAGAGAAGAAGAGGUGAACUUAUUAACUUUCGACAGGUUGCUCUGUUUGGCCGAAGAUGCCGGUUAGUCAAUAACAGCUGGGCUGUCUGGUGUCGUCCAGGCAGAGUCUGAAUGACAGAUGCCUUCAUCAUGAUGCUGAGCUGCAGCACCCUGGUCGUCGUCCUCCUGCUGUCCCAGGCCAGAGGCUUCCUGAGCCCCUCAGAGGACGACGGCAUCCCUGAAGAGUGGGUGCUCCUUCAUGUGGUUCAGGGCCAGAUCGGGGCCGGAAACUACAGCUACCUGCGCCUCAACCACGAUGGCAGAAUCAUCCUCCACAUGCAAAGCCUCAAGGGAGACGCAGACCUCUACGUGUCUGAUAAAACCCUGAAGCCUAGCUUCGACACCUACAAGCUGCAGUCGGCCACCUGCGGCCACGAUGUGGUGGUGGUGCCGGGGGACUUUGUGAGGCCGGUGGGCAUCGGCAUCUACGGCCACCCGUCUCACAAAGAGAGCGAGUUUGAAAUGCGGGUGUUUUACGAUCAGACGGUGCCACAGAACCCGUUCGAUACGGGCUUGUACACCUCAGAAGAUGGACGUAAGCAAACAGAAGCUCCUCAGGCAGCAGACGAGAAAGAGGAGUCGAUCUUUUGGACAAUUCUGAUCGGGCUUUUGAAGAUUAUACUUGAGAUUUUGUUUUGAAAAUGGUUUCCUUCCUCGCUGCUCUGACAAAAGGAAGAGACUCUGUUCUUGGCUCUGUCAGCCUUGAUACAUUAAAGAAGAUUAUUUCCCUUCAUUCUGUAAGGAUGAGAAAAUGUCGCUCCAAACUCCAGUGAGAAUCCUGGCAUUUUAACAGCUCUCUGCGUGUGAUCAAACACAAAUAUCUGAUAGAAAUACUACAAAUCAGUUUGAAAGGUUGAAGGUGGAUCACUGUGUUGAACGCUGAACACACCAGUGACUCCCGACCAAUCAGAAAAUGUUUCACAAAGUGAUACGUAAAUCAACAUUAGCCUUUCAGAUUCAGCAGAGUGUUACUUUGCCAUGGUGUCCUCAUACAAAAAGAGAAUGAAGGUUAUUAAGGUGAAGCACAGGCACAUGUUGAACUCAUGGCCUGAAGAGUCUUGAUGGAUGUUUGUAAGUCUAUCAAACACUCACAUGCACAUAUGUAAAAACUGAGACUUUUUAGUUGCUGCUGUCAUUCCUUGGCCAUGAAGACAUCCUCUCGUCAUGUGAUCCCAGUGUAAAAGAUGAGAGACACAAUUCACAUUCAUAUGAAGCUGCAGCAGUCAGAGUUAAGGCCUCAGUGCUUUAAAUGAAGUAGGCUGAAACACGUGUCGUACAGCCCUGUCUAGAAGUUUAAAGUGUAAAUACCAUGAACCCGUGUACACCUGACAGUUACAUGAGAUCUGUAUCUGGAUAUUCAGUCUAGAUGAGGAAACACAUUUGUACGACGUCUAGAGGUCGAUCAGUGUGAACAGAAUCUAACACUUAUUUAUUCCAGGUGUAAAAAGUGGAUCCAGAUAACGUAUCCAGGUGAGAGCACAGCUGUAAACGGGGCUCGUAUUGUUUGAGAGUUUAUAAAUACAUCGACUGAUUUACGUGUUUUUGUAGCUCAGACGCUCUAAAUCAGACAAAUGAGAACAGCCCAAUUUCACACCUCUGCACUCCUGGUCGAUCACAGCGUAAACUCAUUUUUCAGAAGGUUUCAAACCUUUUCAAACACAUUGAAACGUGUUAAGAUCUUUAGCUGAGUCACGUGGUUAUUUCCUUAAGGUCUCAUCUUCGUUGUGCAAAAUUCUCUCGGAUUUUCAUGUUUCCUUGCUGAGCAGUGACGGAGAAAUGUAUUAUAUAUUUUUAUAUAUCCUUGUGGUCGCACGUAGGUUUGUUGUUGUUGCUGCGACAAAACACGACCACCAGGAUGAAAACACCCACUUCAUUCGACUACCUCAGACCUCACUGUUGCCCCUGAUCUUUUACACUGUAGUCCCGUGCAGACUGAAGCACCUACAGGGCAGUUUGGACUGUGGGGGAACGACUGCAGCGACCUUUAACUCUCAGUGUACAUAAGACCUGAGUGUGAGUGUUUGUAUUACUUUAAAAAGAAAUCCUAACUCAUCCUUAAACUCAACCUAAAUUAAAUCAAAGUAAAUUCAGCAAAUCAAAGAGUUUACAGUCGUGGCUGCGUCUCACCUCGGCCUGUGAAUGGAUGAAACCGCUUGUCUUAACUCUGCAUAUGAACAUCACACAGGACGUGUGUGUGUGUGUGUGUGUGUGUGGGUUUAAAUAUCAAAAACUUAGCAAUACAGUCAUCGUCAGCCAUUUGGACAUGUACAUGAGGUUCCUACAGGACGGGUCGUGAUUCUGAAUUUAGACUCUGAGCGGGAAGAACCUCUGGUUUGUGAAGAGACUGUUAACUUUAAACAUUUCAUUUGGUUUGAUCAUUGACUUUGGUGGGGUUUUUUUUGCCUGUUGGACAAGCUCCUGAUUCAAACAUCUCCUCCAGCGUUGGAGUUCAGUUAUUGUUACCACUGAGCAGAAAUGUUCAACAGUGCCUUCAGAUCAGGGCUCUGCAGGGAGAACGGGUUUCUAAAUAAAACGGCUGUUUUGCAGACUGUUCAAAC